CCUUUUCUUCCUCUCUCCCUCGACUAUCUCCUACUAGCGGCUGAGCUGAACGAUCUUUCGUCAGUCUACUUCAGGGUGAGGGUUAUGAUGGAAGCUGAAUCCUGUGAUGCCAUGCCGUUGAAGCCUCUGGCUAAAGCUACACUUCGUCUUGGUGCAGAAUCUUAUUCUGUUCAGGCAGACAAUGGUUCUCUGUCGGAGCAAAUAGUUUCAUUGAAAGAGAAAAGCAUGGUCAUAUUGAAGGAUUUUAUAACAAAGCAUAAUGCUCCUCAAGAUGUGCCUGAUGAUUUAGCUGAAACCUCAUCUUCAGAAGAAGAUGGUCCUGAGAAGACGGGCGCGAAGUCUAAGAAGACUAAAUUGACAUAGCUCUCGUUUUCCUAUCUUCUACCCGUAACUUGGUGCAUAUUCUGCUAGAAUCCGCCAGAAAAUGUUUCUUAAAUAUCUCAAAUGCAAGUUUUCAAGGGAAAAUGUGUAGUUGUUGAUUACACUUUUGGCCAAAAG